AUGUGUUUCUUGCAUUGUUAUUGGUCACCUUUGGAACCACCACCUGAUUUCCAUGAAUCUGAAAUAAGCUGCUCUCCUCCAGUUGUUGAGCCUUCGUUUGUUUCUGAGAUGCCUGACUCAUCAGCUGUUGUCAAGGUUGGUGAUUCACCAUCGAGAAUGACCAAAGAGGAAUUACUGCAUUCGAUGGACUUGGCAGAUCGAGAAAUUACUGAAGUGGAACAGCAAAUAGGAAAGCUGAAACGUCGUCUGGCUCAAGAGGAGACGGAGCUGCAAAAUGAACUAGCAGCAUUGGAAGAGAAGGCAAAGGAAGAAGUAAAACAGGAGGAUAAGUCACCAAGUGUUGUUGAGCCACAGCAGGCUAAUGAACCAGAAGCAACAACUGAGAAAAACGAAGAGCUAAACAUUCCAUACAAUGAGAGCACACGUCAACUUAUCUUGAAAAUCUAUGGUGAAAACAGGCGCAAGGCAGCCGCCUCAAGAGCACUCUUGGCAGGAAAAGGAUAUCCCAUGGCUAAUCCAAGAGUGCCUUUAUACAAUCAGCCUUCUGAUCUUCCUUUUUACAACGAAAACCAAGAAAGAGCUAAAGCGUUUUAUCCUGUUCUUGUCAAUCAUCUUCGUAUGAAACACAAGAAACGGAUAGCGUUUGAGAAUUGGAGAAUUGCAAAGUACCAACAAUUGCAGGUGCAGUGGGAGAAGACACUAGAAGCAUGGGAAAACAACCCUACUAGAAAGCUGAGAGAAACAAAAAUAAGAGAAUUCUAUGAGCGUAUGUUUCCUGAGAUUAGAAAACAGAGAGAACGAGAAGAACGAAUUCAAAGAGCUAAAAAAUCAUGGAGUUUUGCUCGCAGUGAAGCCGAACUGAAUGAAAUUGCUGACAUUCUGCAUGAGCAGGAGCUUGUCCAAUGUCAAAUUGUUGACCUCUCAGUUAUGCCGCCUCCGUUACUGUGUGAUGAUGAGAGGAAAGUAGAAUUCAUCAACAGAAAUGGUCUGAUUGAAGAUCCUAUGGCUGACCACAGAAACAGGAGGAUGUCGAGUGUAUGGAGUGAUGCAGAAAAAAAGAUAUUUAGAGAAGAAUUUGUUCGUCACCCUAAAGAUUUUGACAACAUAGCCAAAGCGUUGCCUAACAAGAAGUACACUGAUUGUGUUCAGUAUUACUAUUUAAGCAAGAAGAAGGAAGGAUACAAACAGCUUGUCAGGAAGCAUACACUUGCAAAACGGAAGAGCAAAGUAUUACAACAGAGACCACAGCUUGCUCUUGGGUUAGAAGAGCAAGGAAGAGAUUUAAGGGAAUCUAUCCUUUCUAUGGAAACUGAAGAUGACUCAAAGAAAUCUUCUACUCCUGGACCAUCUCUUCAAAGAUGGAGUGAGGAAGAAAUACAAGCAAUGAAAGAAGGCUUGAGGGAAUAUGGAAAAGACUGGCUGACAAUAUCAAUAAAAGUUGGCACCAAAACUGAACACCAAUGCCGGAGCUUUUUUAGACACUACAGACGGAAAGUUCACCUUGUUGGCUUCCUCAAUGAGUUCAAAGCACGAGAGAAGGCAGGUGUGGAGACUUUGAAACAGUCAGGUGGUAUACCAAGAAUUGAUGAAGAUGAUGAUGAAGAUGAGGACUUGCAGAAAGCGGCCCGCGUUUACUCCACUGUACAACAGCCACACUCCAUUGCAUCUGGAGUGCUUGCCAAAGACGUACACCACCAAGUUGGGCCUGCUGUCACUGACAUUGCAUCUCGUUUCGCUCUUGUUCCUACACCAGAACACGACCAGUUUAUCAGCAUUGCUGCAUCAAUGGUAGACGAUUAUGGAAAGUCCCACAUGCCAGACGGCUCACUCGAGCAGCCUGUAAGUGCAUUUCCAGUUGUGUCAUCACGCAUGCAGACUAGUGAUACGACGCAGUUUUCUGGUGCUUUACUGCCGAGUGAGUUACCAACUUUGUCGGUUCCUGCUCUAAGUACUUCAAGUGUAGCAGCUGACAGUGGGCCACUGUCAACAGGUACAGCUAGCCAGUCUGGUCUUGACCUAAUUGCUGCUGCAGCUGAAGCUGUUGCUGCACAGAUGGCACAGACACUGCCUACAGCAGUCAGUCAACCGAUUGUGCAUACAACCAUUGCAUCACAGAAGCAAGGUCAAGUUCGAUUGGAAGACUUGCCUCGGUGCCUUUCAGAUCCAAGACUAGAAAAUGUUAGUCAAGCUAGUAGACAGUCUGUGGCUCCACUGCAUGCUGUCACUGUUCGGACUUCCACAGCGGUAACGAAGCCACUAACACUGCACUUUACCCCAAGUCAAGGAGUUACAUCACAGACGAAACCAAGUGUGUCUCCUAGCAAUGUGUUAACUCUGUUGAUUCCAUUGCAAACUGUACCUCAAGCACAAGCCAGCACUCAGGCAAGACCAGUGCAGCUGUCAACUUCUCAGAGUCCUGGUACUACAGUAGCAGCUCUGGUGGAUGCAACAGCUUUGGCUUCUCCGAUUCAAAUGCCUUCACCAGGGUCAUUAAGUUCAUCAACUGCUGCUGUUAAUCGCCCUCGACUGACAUUGAGAGGUAAUCCACAAACUGUUGUAAGACUUGCAGUGAGACAUGUCGCCCCAUACUCUCAAUCUAUUGCAACUCAGUUGUUGUUGUCUCAAGCAAACAGAUUGACAACAGUGUCGUCUUUGCCAACGACCUCGACUCUGACAGUCUUAGCAGCACCACCUCCAUUAGUUUCUUCUUCAGCCUCGUCAGCAAUUGUGACACCUACACGAAGUAUACCAACAUUGUGUGGUGCUGGACCAAUAGUAGUGGGUGCAAGUGGCAUUCCUCUUGAUCAUAGUGACCUAGUGAAGACUCAAUUGGAAACACCAGGUCCCGUAGUCACAGCACCGACAGUCUUAGAGAAACCAGAUGUUGUGAAGUUGUCUACUUCGGAUACAAGUCAGCCAAGUGUUGACAUGAUGGCCACAUCUACUGAUGAUGUAAGCAGAGAGGCAUUGGAGCCUAUAGAUGCUCACAUCCAGAGUUCUGUCAGUCAGGUUUCUAGAGUAACAUUGUGUCUUCCUCGUGAGCCAUUGUUGCAAUCAGUUGAGAAAGCAGAGAUUGUUGAGACAAUGGAUACUUCUGACUCUAUGGAAAAGAUGGACAGCAACAACUUCCCUGAUUUACCAAGUAGUCCAAAGGAAAACUUGAUUGAAGUGUCAAUACAACAAAGUAGUUUGCAAAGCCACGUGCAAGAGAUUGCUGACAGGAGAGGUUCAUGUAAAGUGCUUGCUGAUGACUCUAAUGGUAAGACAGUUGUUGUUGAAAUGGAAACUGACAAAAACAUUGACGAAAGCAAUGCUGAUGACAGUGACCAUGACCACUCAAUUAAUGAUGACAUGAAUGUUGAAGAGAUUAUUGCAGACAAGGAAGACACCAACGAUGAUAUGACAGGAAAGGUUAUUGAUAGCAAUGAUGGUAAUGAGAAGGAUCCUGACAGUGUGAUCACUGAAAAUGUUGUCGAUGUCGAGGACGGUCACAAGAGAGAUGCUGACAGUGAGAUUACUGAGAUUGCUGAUAAUGACAGAGAUGACGAUACUGACAAUCAGGUGACUGAGCAUGCUGUUGACAAGGAUGGUGACAGGAAAGAUAGUGAUGGUAGUGACCUGACUGAGGAGGUUGUUGGUGACAAAGAUAGUCAUAAGGAUGCCACCUGUGAAAUUACUAAGGAGGUUGUUGGUGACCUGGAUGGUCACAAGAAGUAUGAUGACAGUGAUAUCACUGUGAUUGCUUGUGAUGACAAGGAUGAGUAUGUCUCUGAGGAUAUUGUUGAUGACAAGGAUGAAGGUGCUGACAGAGAGAUUUCUGAGAAUGCUGAAAGCAAUGUAGAGGGUGUAGAUGACGAGGAUGUUUACAAAAAGAAUGCCAACAUUGAUAUUACUGAGGAGGUUGUAGAUAACAAGGAUGAUUACGACAAGGAUGUUGACAGUGGUGAGAUUACAGAGGUUGUUGAUUUGUGUGGUCACGAGAAGGAUACUGACAGUGAGGUCACUGAAAAGGUUGUAGAUGACAAGGACAGUCACGAGGAUACUCACAAUGAGAUUGCUGAGAAGAUUGAUGAUCUGGAUGGUCACAAAGGGGAUGCUGACAGUGACAUUACUGAGGAGCCUGGUGAUAAAGUGGACGAUGACAACAACUUUGACACCAGAUCUGUGGAGUCUGGAGAGAUUAUUGAAUCUGAUGAUGAUGAACACAUUAGUGACAUGCAAUCAACUGGUAUUGAGCCUAAUCAGCAACCUCAGCGUGAAUAUGUAAAAUAUGGCAAAGAGACAACUGAAAGAAUUGACAGAGAAGUUAACUUGGAUGAGGAAGACUGUAGAAUAGAGAAAGAAAGCAGUUCAAGCCCGCCACAACAAGGAAUUAAUGAAGAAGUAGGCGGUAACAAACUAAGACUAUCAGAUGAGAGCAACACUUUAGAAACACGAGUAAAUAUCAGCAAUGAAGUUCAGACUGCCAAGCUGACAGAUGAAGAACUCGAACUUUCUUAUGAUACAGUCACUAGCCCAGACCAGAAUGUCAUGCUACCUGAGUUGUGUUCUAUUGGCGACCCUCUUGUUGGUGUCAAUGAAGAUGAACAACGAGAAGAAGAGAGGGAAGAGAGUGAAACAGAUACUGUCCGUUGUACUAAACAUCUAGAAGACGUCGAUGAGCUGGAUGAGCUUGAAUUGGGUACGGCAAUAGUCCAAGAUGAUAAAAAUGGGACAGUGCAAAUGCCUUCUAGAGAUGAUAACGAGGGCUUGUCUUCCUCAGGUUUACAACACAUAGAAGAUAUUGAUGACUGUGAUGGACUAGUAACUUUGCAAAGCCAUGAAGCUAUAAGUCCCAUCAGUGACAGGGAUAAUGAAAACCAAUCUUCUGAUGAAAUGACAGUAGGAGUAAUAGAUGAAUUUAGUCGGGGAUGCAAGCCUGGCAAUCCAGAAGUUGACUUUUCUAUGGAAUAUGAAUCAAUUUCUCCACCAUUACCACCACAGUCAACUACCACAGUUUCUCAGGAAUCAAUUCCUGCCUGUGUGACACAAUUUCAAGAAUCACCUUGUGAUGCACCUGAACUGCCUGCUACAAUAAGUCCUAAAAUUGGUUCGUCUUGUUCAUCUAUUGUUCUGCCUAUGGGAAGAACAUCACCACACAGUUCUCCUUUAGUGAAAUCUCCCAGCACCUGUGGCCUCCAUGAAGGCAGAUCUGGGGCAUUCCUUCCUGCUUCCUUACCUGCCAUACCUUCAUUUGGUGGUCCUACAGGAUUCUCACCAAGGCACAGUCCUCCGAGAUCAAUAGAACACGUGACCAGUCAGGCAUUUGAAGUAAGAACUACAUAUGGACAAGUCAUUGAAGAUAUUAGCUCUGAUGAUGAAUAUUAACUUAAAUGGAGAAGUUGCAGCCAGGAUAUGUUAGAUUCAGGCAGAUCAAUAUUGUUUUGAGUUUAUAGUAAUGAAUAAUCUUUAAUUAAGAAGUAUUUGUAAUCACUCUUUAAUGUAAUAUAGUCAUACAACUGUGAUUCCUUAUAGCAAUGGCCAUAGUGCUUCAGAGCUAUAGAGUCUUGUAAAAGGCAUGUUUAUGUCAAUGUCUAACCAUAGGCCGCCUGCCUUUACCAGAGAAUGAAAAUGAUAAUCUGAUAACUAAUGAUAUUUUUGUCAGAGAUUAUUUUAGUUGGCAACACUCCCACAACU